AUGGAAGAUUACAGCAUUCUUAAGAAACAAGAGCGUCAGUUACGAGCUUCCAUCAAGGGAGUGUCGAAUUUUGUCAGAGAUUUCAAUUCUGAGCUUCAUGAGAGUCAGAUUGAAGUAAGAUUGAGUUUGCUUGAGUCGGUUAUGAAAAAAUACUACCUGGUAAGGCAGAAAUUGGAAGUGUUGUUGGAUGCUGCUGACAGUGACGGAGCUGACGAGGAUGCCAAGGAGUCAGAAGCUGCUAAGAAACGAAGGUUGCAGAGACAGGCUGCGGAGCGUGAAGCGAAGUUCGACGAAGAAACGCUAGAAGUCGAAGAGCAGUACUGUAUACUGAAGUCAGCCCUCCUUGCUCUGCGUCCGAAGAAGAUUGAGUUUUUGAGUUCUUCUGGAUCUGCUGAUAGAGUUGACACGAUGUCGCGUGUCAAGUUACCGGACAUAAAGCUGCCUGGUUUCAAUGGGAAACUUCGGGAUUGGAUUCCGUUUCGUGACAUGUUCUCCAGCUUGAUUCAUAACAACGAACAGCUAUCGGACAUCGACAAAUUUACAUACCUACGAUCAGCGAUAAGCGGAGAAGCGCUUCAGGAGAUCAGCUCCAUAGAACUGUCCGCCGAUAAUUACCAGGUAGCCUGCGACAUGUUGGAGAAGAGGUACGAGAACAAAAAGUUGAUCGUGAAGGCGUAUCUGGACGCACUUUUUGGAAUUGAACCUCUGAAGAAGGAAAGCGGCGAAGCUUUAAAUCACCUGGUCAGUGAUUUCGAUCGGAAUAUCCAAAUGCUGGGCAAGAUAGGAGAGGACACCGAUAAGUGGUCGACGCUGUUGGCAUACAUGUUGUGCACUCGUCUGGAUUCAGUCACACUUCGUCAGUGGGAGAGUCACCACAAUUCGAAGGAUGUUCCGACGUACCAGAAAGUGAUGGACUUUCUGAGGGAUCAGGCAUUGGUUCUGCAAUCGAUAGCACCGAGUAGGUCAGAGGACAUCGAAAGUCGUCGCUAUCGAACAACCGUUCACACCACAUCGAGAAUCCAGAACAACUGUGUUUUCUGCGAUAAUUCGUUUCACCCAGCAUCUGUGUGCAGCAAGUUCAGAGCGAUGUCAGUGCCCCAGCGCUUUGGAGUGGUCAAGAUGAAGCGGCUCUGCAUUAAUUGUUUGGGUUCUGGUCACUUUGCGAAUCGUUGUAGCAAAGGACCAUGUCGUGAGUGCAACAGAAAGCACCAUUCGAUGUUGCACAAAAGUUUUAACAGUUUUUCGAGUCAGAGCUCCGUUUCACAAAACCAGUCGACAGUCAACAGUCAAUCGUUUCAUAAUGAAAAUCUUCCAGGACCUUCUGGGCAAGGUCAUGAACACAAUUCGAUAGGACAGAAUCAACAAAGUCAACCCUCGCACACAAAUCCUCAAGCACAAGAGAAUUCUACUAAUUCCUACCCCAUAAUACAAACACGUAUUCGCAACACUCAAUCACAACACACCACAGACAAUUCUUUUACGUUUAAUGCGGCACCAAGGCCGGAUUGCGCUAAAUAUCGUUCACCUAGAGUUUUGAUGUCAACCGCUGUAGUGCGGGUUGAAGAUCGGUUUGGUAACCAUGCGUUUGCGAGAACAUUGUUGGAUUCGUGUUCCGAAUAUUGUUUUGUUACGAAAAGCUUUGCGAACAGAUUGAAUCUCCGGAAAAGUUGGAAUGUUUUAAGAGUCCAAGGUAUUGGAAACAAGUCGGCUAAAUCGAUUGAGUCAGUUGAGGCAAGAGUUCGGCCUCGCGUGUCAGAAAUUUCUUCAUUUUCGGAAGAUAUGAGUUUUCAUGUGUUGCCUAAGAUUACGAGUUAUCUGCCUACCACUAAAGUUUCGCUCAAUGGAAUCAAGAUUCCUCAUGAUUUGGUAUUGGCGGACCCUGAGUUUUGGAACCCGGGUCCGAUAGAUAUGAUUAUUGGGGCAGAAUAUUUCUGCAAUUUGAUGCGUUCAGGCAAGUGUCAAGUUUCGGAAAAAGGUCCAACUCUGCAAGAAACCGAGUUUGGUUGGGUUGUUUCCGGGAGAGUUCCGGAUAGUUCCGUUGAAACUGUUGCAUAA